GAAGCACGGCAUGGCGGGCAAGAGAAAGACAGAGUGCGCGCCAGCUGGAGACCGUACCUUGCAUAUCUGGUGGGGGUUCUAGGCGUCCUGCUCGCAAGAUAUGCUGAUCGGCUGCUGCCGAAUCAGGGAAACCACCAAGAGGGCUACACAGGAUCCAGAGAAGCCAUUCCUGCUUUAAAAAGGCGCAGGAGGUCCAGCUCGUUUGUAUCGUCAGACAUGGCACAUUACGGACAGACCAGCAGCAAGUCGCACAGGAGGACCUCCCUGCCAUGCAUCCAGAGGGACCAGGAAUGGGACCAGAAAAGAAGCUCUCGUGGAACUCAGUCCACAGGCACCAGUGUGAUGGUGGACAUUGCUGUAAUGGGUGAAGCUCAUGGGCUCAUCUCAGACCUCCUGGCUGACCCCUUACUGCCACCAAACACAUGUAGCUCAUUAAGAACUGUUAGUAACCUGCUCAACACACAGCUCACCUUUCAGCCCCUGCACCACCGACCACGUCUAAACCCCCUGCUGACUGAUGGACACAGCUGCUCUGACUCUGAGGAGGCUCCUGAUAAGAGUGAAAGGCUGGCAAUACCUAGGCGUUUGCGAAGAAGUUUGCCUCCUGGGCUUCUCCGACGCUUCUCCUCCUCUUGGACAACCACAACUUCUGCCACAGGACUUCCCACCAUUGAGCCUGGUCCGGUCAGGCGAGACCACAGUGCCAUCAUCAAAUCUGUUCAUGAAGGUUCUUCCAGCAGCAGGGCCAUAUCUGCCUCCUACACCACCUCUGCCCCCAACUACCUCUACAACAAAGGCUGGCGAGGUUACUCUCCCCUUAGCAUCUCACAGUGCCACUCACCUCCAACCCAGGGAUCCCCAGUCAUCAGCCCCACCAAUAAGUUCCCUUUAAUGGGUCUGCAUGAUAAUGGAAACUGCCCAUCACCACAGACUUCUCAGAGAAGUCUGACCUGCAGUCAAAGUGCCCUGAGUUCCAACAACACACAAUGGGCGAUUACAUCUCUAUGUAGCAGCUGUGGAAGGCCAUAUAGCAAACUGUGUCACGCAGAAGAUUCUACAGAAAAAGAUGACCCAGGGCUAGUGACUUCUGAUUAUGACAGUACCUAUGAGACGAAUCACAGUGACAGCAGCGAUUUUGCACAGAAUGAGGAGAAUGGGGAUACUCAGAUAAAGCCCAACAGCGUUCAAGAUUUGUGCAAAACAUUUCAAAAGACUAUACUCCUACACCCCAUAAUACCAUCAGAGGACAAACCAGUUCUAGCCCCGGAGCCACUAGUGAUGGAGGGAUUGGAGUCUUUAAUGAGUCAGGUCAAUAAUUGGAACUUCCCAAUCUUUAAUCUGGUGGAGAAAACUCAUGGCAAGUGUGGUCGCAUCUUAAGCCAGGUGUCUUACAGGCUGUUUGAAGAUACUGGCCUCUUUAAAACUUUCAAGAUCCCAGUAAGGGAAUUUAUGAAUUAUUUCCAUGCAUUGGAGAAUGGUUACAGGGACAUUCCAUAUCACAACAGAAUUCAUGCAACAGAUGUCCUCCAUGCUGUCUGGUAUCUGACCACACAGCCUGUGCCAGGCUUACCAAUGUUGGCCCACAAGUCUGAAUCAGUCAGUGACUCAAACUCAGACUGUGGGCUCACUCAUGGUCAUAUGGAUUAUCUGUUCUCCAAGACUUAUUCAGAAACAGCUGAUCACUAUGGCUGUCUCUCAGGAUUAAUUCCUGCCCUGGAACUAAUGGCACUGUAUGUAGCAGCAGCUAUGCAUGACUAUGACCAUCCUGGCAGAACCAACGCCUUUCUGGUGGCCACCAGUGCCCCUCAGGCAGUGCUGUACAAUGACCGCUCAGUUCUGGAAAAUCACCAUGCUGCUUCUGCCUGGAAUCUAUUUAUGUCCCAUCCUGAGUACAACUUUCUUGGAAACCUGAACCAUGUGGAAUUCAAGCGCUUUCGUUUUUUGGUUAUUGAGGCUAUUCUAGCCACAGACCUUAAAAAGCAUUUUGAUUUUUUGGCUGAGUUUAACACUAAGGUGGGGCAUGAAGGUUGCUCAGGUAUUGACUGGUCCAAUGAAAAUGACCGGCUCCUGGUCUGCCAGAUGUGUAUCAAGGUAGCUGAUGUUAAUGGGCCAUUGAAGUACAAAGAUCUUCAUCUUCAGUGGACAGACGGCAUUGUCAAUGAGUUCUAUGAGCAGGGUGAUGAAGAGGCCAGUCUGGGAUUACCAAUCAGCCCAUUUAUGGACCGCUCAGCACCACAGCUAGCCAAGUUGCAGGAGUCCUUCAUAACGCACAUUGUCGGGCCACUUUGCAGUUCUUAUGACACAGCUGCCCUCAUGCCUGGCCGGUGGGUGGAGCCAGAUCUCAACAAGGGUGAAGAAGGAUCUGGUGUGGAUGAGACUGAUGAAGAAGAAGAGGAAAUGACAGAGGAAGAGACACUGGUGCCCAAGAAGCGGCGAAGAGUGUUCUGUCAGAUAACUCAGCACCUUUUGGAGAAUCAUGAAAUGUGGAAGAAGGUCAUUUCUGAGGAGGCCCAAAAAGAGAUAGAGGAGGAGGAGUCAUUAUAUUUCAGCAGUCCCUCUCAGCCAAUAAUGGCCAUCCAUGAGGAGGAAGAAGAGAAAGUGUUUAAGAAGCCAGUCCAGGAGCACAACGCAGAAAAAGAGGAGUUAUGGCAAACAGAUAAAGCAUAAAGGGAGGUAUUACUAAAAGACUAAAGACAAUAAACAGUAAAAAUAUAUCCUGAAACUGUAAAUGAAGACACACAACUGUAGAAAAUUAAAGGGAAUCAAUGCAAGAAUAAGAUAAGACUUUAAAAGAUUAGUGUAGAGGAGAUGUAGUAAACACAAUUUUAUCUUUUGUUUUAGUGAAGAACAUUGUUUUUGGAUUUUAUUUUUUAACAAGGCAUAUAUGUUUAAUGACAAACAGUUGCCAGCACCUCACUUAGACACAAUACUGUAGAUACAUCAGAAGAACAUGUGCCUAAUAAAAGCAGGGUUGAAAGGAUCUGAGUUUCUUUGGCUAGGGUUUACUUGCCAAAUUUAGAAGGUGAAGGUUGGCCAUAAAUGCCAAGCUGGGUUAUAAAAUGGGAUUCUUACUUUUUUACUUAACUUGUAAAUACCAGAAACAUUUUUCACUCUUUCCACAAUUUAGCACUGAAGUUUCACCUAACUUGCAUGACAGGAGUCUUGGUGACCUGCAGUUGAGAGUGUUCCUAUUUAAUGCAAUGAGCAUUUCUGAUAAGCCUGGUAUCAGAGAGACAUGCUGUGUAGAAAUCCACAAUAAUGCCAACAGACCCUUUAGGUGCACACUAAUGUGUACAAGAGUACACAUUCCUUAAACUCUC